UGUGGCUAACGUUGAAGACUUGUUCCCGACUAGCUGUAUGACAUAACGCUGCGUUUCUCCCGCUCGUGCCAAAAUGGUUCAAAUAGAGGUCGAUAUGUUUCUGCCGGGUGUCUCCCACUCCAUGUCCAAGUUCAAUACGUCCUCCAAGCGGGCCCGCCCCACUGAGGAAGACAGCCCUCCCAGUCGGCCUACUAAACGCCUUACUCUCGCUUCGGGAGAGGCACUUCCUUCGCCACUGUUUUCGAAUUCACUCCCCACCAGUGGCAGCAGUAGUCGGUACUCCUCUGAAGAUUGGGUACAGCAGGCUGACGGCUUGAGCGUCGCAACACCAGGAGAAUAUGCACCAGACUCAGACGGCAACUCGGAUACCAUGGACUUGGAUGAUGAAUCUUUUGCCCUUUCUCGUGGCCCAGAGAGACCCGUACUAUUACCUCUGCAAACAACGUUUCCCAGCACAUCUCAUAGGUACGACGCCUUCGCAGCACACCGCCAGUCACCGCAGAAUUUAUCACCGUCGUUCACCGACGCCAAUGCAUCGCAACCACUCAUAAACCAUGCUCAGGGCUCGUCUCCACUUUCAAUUGAUAUCACGCCACCCACCCCCGAGACAGUAAGAGUCGACGGCGGUAUUGUUGAUGUGACAAGGUCUCGCACACCAGUCUCAGACAGUCCUACGCCCCUGAAUAUCCCCAUGGAUUCUGGAGGACCGAGAUCAGGCAUCCUGUCUCCCACCAAAAAGCUACGCAUUUCUAUGGGUCCACGUUUAGAUUGCGAAAAGUGUCGACUUGGUGUGAAGGGACAUUGGAUGCAUUUAUAUUAAGCGAUUAUGAAUUUAUGGACCGUUAAAUAAUCUUUGUACACUUCUCCGUCUACCUUAUGAUUCCAUGUACCCAUCUGUAUACGGGUAGAUUUAUUUUGACCGUAACGUCAACGGUAAUGAGCAUUUAAAUAAAUAAUGAUUCCUUAUGGC